AUGGCAAUCACAGGCAAGCAGUCUCCUGCGCCUGAGCCGUCCGAGCCUCUGGACGUGGUCGAAACACCAACCUCGCCAUCCUCGAGCAUCGCCCGCUCGCGCUUUGAGUUCGAGACCGACAAGCGCAAUGAGGGCACCAAGAUCCUCAUGGUCGAAUGGGACGAUCCGGGUCCGGGGCAUGGGGACGCUUCCGGGACGGGGAGCGGGAGGAACGACUGGGAGGUAUCGUGGGAAGGCAAGGGGGCAGUCCUCCCGGUCUGGGAUGCCGGCUCCGAAAUCGACGACAACAUACACCGCGUGUACUUCCUUCUCCCACCGGGGUCUCCCGUCCCAUCACUUAUCGACAUCACACGCCGGGGCGCGAGCCGCGGAGCCAAGGACGGGACCGGCGACAUCCUCAGGACGACACCCAUGCCCGCCAUCUUCCCCGCCGGGCUGACGAGCAAACAGGACGCCGGCCUGCGCGGCGUGCUCCACACGAUAUGGGCCAAGCGGCGCCUGGCCGAGCUGCAGGCCGAGAUCACGGCCGAGAUGAAAGCCAACGGCGAGAGUGUGGGGCUCGAGAUGGCCAUGCAGGAGCGGCAGUGGAUCGUCGACCACUUCGGCCUUGCCCCCCACCCGGCCCUGCCCCAGCCGACAAAGCUCCAUAUCCCGCAGAGCUCGGCCGGCCCGGCAAGCCCAAGGAGUCCGUUGGGUGGGAGACUAGGCGAGAAGCUCAGGGGGCUGAAGCUCGCGACCAGCCCCGCAGAACUAGCCGCUGCUAGUCAAGCGGCGAAGAGCGCCGAGGCGCCACGAGUGCAGCAUCUGAUCACGUCGGUCGCUCCGUCGGCCGCAGCACCAGGUUCAAGCGGCGGGGGCGUCGCUUCGCUAGAUGCUAUUGUAGGGGGCGGGGCAACACCAGCCGCCGCGGUGGGCAAGGUUGGAGGGGGGGAUGACGCAACGGAGGAGGACCUAUUCGCCCUCCCAAUGAGCCCGCGUAGCCCGGAGAUGAAGCGCAGCCCGUUUAGUAUCCUAUAG